AUGAAACUAUCUGCUCGAUGGCCUUCAGACACUGAAGAAAGCGGCGGGUCAGAUACUGGAUCCGACCCGACUAGUAAAGCCGGAUCAGAUUCAAGUCAAUAUUCGGAACCAAUACCCUGGGUGAUUCUUCUGAAGCUCCCUGCGCAGCAAAGUCCUGGAGUGGAUCAGAAUGGGAAACCAUAUAGCUCUGAGGAGAAAGCCAAGUACUUUCAGGAAAUGGUAGAUGCUGUUAAAGGUAUAAGAUUUAAAGGCACCGAUCAAGAAUACUGGGCUAGGGGACCAAACGGGGUUAGCGAGGCCGAUAUAUGGUAUUUCUGCUUGAUUACCAGCACCCAACAAAUCAGGCGCCUGGAGCAGGAGUAUGGUGAUCUGUUUGCAUCUGUUCGGCCGUUGACCACUCUCUAUCCAGCUAGAAAGCUAAAAGUUACCCCGCCAGGGUUUAUUCGAAAUCGAAAAAGGACGCCUGAUGUCAGUGGUAAGAUCAAGCCGAGGGAUUCGAACUUAACUAGAACAAUAAACCCUGCAUAUCCGCUUCAUGGUAUGCUAAAGAGGGAAAUUACCGGCCAGCUUAGGGCUCCCCGAGAACUCCGAGCUUUGGGAGUACCGCCUUGGAUAUGGGGCCAAGAAGAAGGUUGGGAUAAACUACAGUAUAAUUAUUACCAAAGAGUAGGGCGUGCGACAGAGCCUCCAGUAGUAGUAUAUGUUAUUUGCAAGGGAGUUGACGUAAACCAUCCGGAAUUUAAUCAUACCAAUCUAAGAGAAAUGAGAGAUUGGAUGUGGGCAGACCCCUACCCAGCCCCCCAAAAAAUAUAUCGGGAUUACUCUUGGGGUGCUGGAACUGCGGUUUUUGGUAAAAUCUUUGGCAGAACUGUAGGCACCGCGAGACAGGCAAAACCAGUUGUAGUUGUAGCCGCCGAUAGGAAUGGUAGGACAUCACGUCUCCAUAUUUUUGACAGCCUUCUUCAGAUUCAUGCGGAUAUUACGAAACGAUUCAUGGGAAGGAAGAUCGUGAUAAGCAUGUCAUGGAUCCUAACAUUUCUCUCCGAUCCUAAUAACCCGGGAUCUAAAAUGGAUACAUUCGAUUAUAACCUCAUAGCUAGUAUCCGCAGUCUUAUUGGAAUGCUUAGCAAGCUUGGUGUUGCAUUCGUAGUACCAGGAGGUAGUGUCCAUUGGGAAGUCGAAGAUGAAGGUAACACUGUUGUAACUAACCCAAUCAUUGGGUUUCCAGCGAAGGAGGGACUCAGAAGGUGGAAUGCAGAGAGGCCUUUCAUUACGGUUGGGGGUGUGGAUAUGAUAUCCUGGGAUAGCUAUUAUCAGUCACAUUUGAACCUCCGGGUUUCUGCCCCCGCCGUUGAUAUCUUAGUACCCCUUCCCUAUUCUACAUUCGAUAGCAGGGAAGUUGGUCCGGCCAAAGCCGUGUCACAUAAUCCUGGGGACUAUGGUACUGUCAAGGGAACAGCUUAUGCGGCGGGCACAGUUGCAGGUCUCUUUGCAUACUUUCUAGAAAUGGGAUUUGAUCGAGAUGAAGCUAGAACAAUCUUAUAUGCCUAUUCAUACCCUCGAUUUGACAGAAAACUUGAACAUAGACUAGACCGGGCUCCAGGAGUUGUAUACAAUGGAGCUUGGGGGAUGUGCAAAGAAGGAACAUCCUAUUACAGGCGCCUCACAAGAGAGUUGGUAGAAGUUGAGAAAGAUAAGUUGGUAGGAAUGGCCCAGUCUCUCGUGCAAGAGAGAUGGCCUGAAGACCUUGAAUGGGAUUCAGAUGACAAUAUCUCGGAAAAUCCAAAGCGGCCCACGGAUCCAGCCCUAGGGGACCUGCCACCAGGAUGGGGCGAGGGACCAGGCGAAGGAGUGCCUCCAGUAUACAGUCCAGAGGACUCGUGGAAGCGUGGGAGCACUCCAAAUAAGAGUUAUUGGGCAAAAUGCCCGGUGCAAACGAGCUCAAGUAGUUCUUCAAGUAUGAGUAGCUCUCUAAGCAGCUCAUUUUCUACCAGUACUACAGCCACAACCGUAGAGACGACAUCUGGGCCUACACUUAGUAGCCAUAGUGUUACUGAAACAGAACAUUCAACGGCAUCGCUUUCAAGUAUUAGAGCCACCAGCACGCCAGCGAAUAAUGAAGAUGAUGAAGAGGAGAGUACACCCACGCAGAUUGAAGAGCAUGAAGAGCCAGCACCAACCCUAGAUUGGGUUGACGAGUCUCUAGUUGGAGAGAUGACAUGGGCUGAAAGCGAGCUACUAUGGGCGAUCCCCGCCGUAGCAGCGCCGAUAAUUGUCCUUCUCCUCCCAUUAGCAAAUGGAGGAAACUUGACUUCAACUAUUACAAACACGAACUACACGAGUUACACAGUCUCGUUGAAAGACCCGUCGAAGUUUGACCUAAAGAAAAUCGGUAUCUCCACUGUGCCAGCUUUGACGACAGGAACAAAGUUUUCGCCAGUUGUUCCCACAACGUCCGAAAUGCCACCGCCAACCGCCACAAUUGGAACAGGACCAACCGGGCCUAUAGUUCCAGAAAUUACACCUCCCCCUCAAGUCACUGUGCACGCUUGCAAGCAAUUGUUCUUUACUACGCCAAAACCCACCGCUACUGUCCCCUCAUCUAAGAGAUGGAUACAAACUCUCCCUGUUACUUCAUGGUAUUAUGUCGAACGAAACCUUGUUGCCUCGGCUAUUAGUAGCGACGAAGUUUGUGGUGAAGGUGCCCCUGAGCUUAAAGGUAAAGACGGUGGACUAGAUAAGACCUUUUAUGAAGGGUCUCCAGAAAACUUCCGGAUCGCGAUCAGUUGGACAUCAAACCCACCCACGAAGAAAGAGUGUAAAGAAAAUUUACACCAUAUAUUAGAUGGAUGUCACGGAAACAAUCCGCUUAACCCUUGGAAUUGGAAAGGAGGGGGUACCCGUGUCAUUGGAGGUACACAACAUUUUGAAAUUCAGCCACUGGACCCGUAUCGGCGUCCUCCGGGGCGUAAAUGGGCUGCGUGCCGCUUUUGGCUCGCUAACGGUCAGGCCUACGCUAAGAUCUGGGGCUAUGGAUUUCUCGACGCUUUCGAUGACAUAAACCACAAUCUUGCCCGCCCGAAGAGAAUGGGAAGGGGACCGCUUCAGUUCUACAACAAAGUUACGCUGUGUCCUGGCUGGGAUGGAAAUUGGUGGAUGGCCCCAACUACACCCAUUCCACACGAAUCUGCUUUGUGGGAGUGGGUCCUUUCGAUGGGCUUCAGAUAUACUUAUUUCUCAAACCGACAAGGUAGAGAAUCGAAAAAGUGUUUAGAGGAAACCAUCAGAGAGGCCUAUGGUAUGCCAGAUUUUGAAUGCGGAAAUAAGGAGUGGGAUAAAGGGGUUAGAUACUUUUGGGAUAAGGUUACGGGGCCAGCUAAAGGGCCAUAA